GUGUAAGUAGUAGUACAGAGUUAGUAUUAGACCCAAGAAGAACUAAGGAUCACGGAUAGUAGUGUUCGGUCUGUGUGAAGACAUCGACUUCUGUGUGUCCUUGCAGCGCUACAUACAGUGUUGUAGGCGUAGAGAAGUGUUUAGUUCACUUACGCACAGGCGCGACAGAUAAAAAGUUCUACUUUUAAGUGCAAUGGGGGAUCGAGCAUUGAACUUGUUUAUCAGGCAAUACGAGCGUGAUCUAGCUAACUUGCGAGUCAACUCUAAGCCUAUUAUAGACCAGUUAACCCUUGCGGCCGACGACAACCGGCAGUAUGCACAGGCGUUGGUGGAGGCGAUAAAAGACGCAAUAUUCAAAGCGUCACCCAAGUUUAAACUUCCUUUAAUGUACCUGAUCGACUCGAUCUUGAAGAAUGUGCAGGGUCCCUACAUCCAUCUGUUCUCCCGUGAUAUUGUAUACAUAUUCACCGACAGCUACUUCCAGCUGGAAGAGAGGGAACAGCGCAACUUUGAACGCGUGCGUGCAACAUGGGGUGAUGUGUUUGGCAGAGACAUACUGGACGACCUUGCCCGUGCUCUGGACAGGCGGAACGGCAUCGAAAGAAGGAAUAGUCACAACGUGCAUAUCAAUCCCAAAUUCGAGCACCGCAAAAGUAUUGCCAGCCGAGACGCCUACGAUCAAAGCGAACGCAGUUCUCGAGGCCCGGUAAAUGACCCCCGAAAUGACCCCCGAGGCCUGGUAAAUGACCCUCGAAAUGACCCCCGCGACAGCAGCGCUCGAUCUUCCACAACAUUUGAUCCGCGUGACAGAGCCAGGGGUGCCACCGGAGACCACCAAUCUUCGCGCGAUCGUGCAUCAUCACGUGACUACACAGACAACGAUAGACGGUCUACCAGCUCACAGGGUAGGGGCAGCAGAGACGGGCCUUUGAGUAGAGACAGAGAGUCGCACCAGGGCAGAGAUGGACCGCAAGGGAGACCCAGUAGUGGGUGGGGUAGUGGCGAUGACUACAGGCGAGGUUCAUCAUCGACUAACCAGCAACCACCGCUGCAACUAUCCCAGCAGCAACAACAACCACAGGGCCCGAUGCUCACGACGGCCCAGAGAACCGCCCAGAGAGAGUUACAGGCGCAGCAGGAGACCAUCAUAACCACUAUAGAAGAACUUAAACGAUCGGGCAGACUCACUCGAGAGACCCAUGUCAUACUGUAUGAGAAACUGGCUGAGUUAUACAAGUUGCAGAUGCAACAAAAUAGACACUACGGUAUCGCAGGCGGUGAUCUGCGGCCGCCCACGUCACUGCUGCCUCCUGCCUCACCCAAUCUGCACCAACCCCAGCACUUGGCCGGGCCUCCACGCGACCCACGUGAUCCGAGGCAGAGGUAUCCAUCCCCCAGUCCCAAUCUUCCCCCAGGACAAGCCGGGCCCAAUUCAUUACCACCAGGACAGGGCGGUCUAAAUAUCCCACCACAAGUGCAGGGUAACCGACCACAGCACGCGAUCCCUAUGAACAUUGACCCUCGCGCACUCCCUCCCCGGGGCGGACCUGGGCCCCGUCCCAGGCCUCCAGGCGGAUUGCCGGGCGGUCCCAACUUUAACGGAGCUGCACCAAUGAAUAGACAGUUAUCUGGCAAUCCCAACGUGUACCAGAACCCUCCCCCAUCACAGCCACAGCAGCCACGGAUACAGGCGCCACAACAACUGCAGCAACACGCACCACGUGGAGGGCCGCCCAUGCUUGCGACUACGGCACAACCCCCGCACAGACAGUUCUCGUCAAAUGGACCACACUACAAUGGGGUCGGCAAUGUCCCGGGCCUGACUGUACCACAACCGGUAGUGCAAAUGCUUCAGCAGCAGAAUAUGAGCGAAAAUGCGAAUGCGAAUGCAGGCUCGAGUACGAAUGCAAGUGCUGAAAGUGGCAGCGCCAACCCUGCGAGUGCCUUGUUCAGCAAGUUGUUGGAGUUCGGAAUGAUCCAAUCUCCCCAAGUCCGCAGCCCGGUGUCGAAAAGUCCGGUUUUGACCAGCAGUACAGUAGCUCCAUCGGGCCCUCCCCCACAAGGAGGGCGAGUAUCAACCAGUGCGCCACUGCCGACGAUCGAGUUCAAUACUAAGAGUCUCAAUGAACGACACCAGGCGAUCAUCUCGUCGCUGUACGAGACACUUCCCUUACAGUGCGCCCAGUGUGGUCUCCGGUUCAAACCAGAUCACAACGCCGAGAUGGGCUUGCAUUUAGACUGGCAUUUCCGCAUGAAUAAACGCGAGAAAGAACAGAAUAAGAAGCCUACAGCUAGACGCUGGUACCCCGCGGAGAAGGAUUGGAUGGAGUACGAAGAAGUCGGCGAUGGCGAUGAGGAACCAGCCACGUUCUUUGACCAGAGUAUAGAAGAAGAGAAAGAGGAAGUUGUGGUCGAAGUCUCCAUUCGUGCCGGGCCAAACGACACGGCAAAGGAAUCCGUAUGUAACAUAUGUGGGGGAAGUUUUGAGAAGUUCUGGAACGAUGACGACGAUUCGUGGCACUACCGCGGUGCGAUAAGAGAGGACGACGCGACGUAUCACAAGAGCUGUUACUCUGAGCGCGGAGAGUCUACGGCGGUAAUAUCUGCUCCUGCGUCGCCGCGGCGGCUUUCGGUGUACAAGACCGAGGAAUUAAGGGAUGCGGAAAGUAAUAAACGUAGUCGCGAGGACGACGAAAAUAGUGGUGGUGGUGACGACAAACGCGUGAAAGCUGAAGCCCAAUAACAAACCCCCAACAUAUUCAUGAUAUGUGACGAAAUAAAUCCGGAUCAGCACUGUGUGCUGGGAAUUCUGAUAUGAUGCAGUUAAUUGCUACACGUCCGUAUCUCCUUAAACAUUGUUGGUGUGUAUUGUGAAACCUUAGUGUCACGUUUGCGGAACUUCGACCCGCUCAAUAUCAUACAUAUGCAUUAGACCGUUUGAUUCUCGGCUGUAUAGGGUUAAGGCCGAGCACUAAGCUUGGUAGCCGACGCCAGCGAAUAUGUACCCUGAUUACUUGCAAUAAAAAUAAACUUGAUGGAAC